AUGUCCGAGGCUAUGGUUUUCAGCAAGAUCGACGAGUACACGCUCUUUAUGAGCCGGUCUCUCCAGAAAUCGCUCAAAACAUUUGCUGAGCAGGUCAUGGCCCUAAUUUAUCAGUAUAAAGAUACGCUUGUCGAGGAUAGGCUUGCUCUCACCAACACCCUCGACGAGGCGGUUCAGAUUCUUGUCGACAGUGGCAAGGAGGAGGCGGAUAAGCUUGGAUUUAAUAUAUACUCUGCGGUGAGUAGGUAUAUCAGCGAGAUCUGGGCCUCUCAGUCUGGUCAGACAACGGCGGCCCCGCCAGCGACGGAUAUCGACGGGCUCCACAGGCAGCUUGUUGCUCUCAAGAAUAGCCUUGGCCAAAAUGCUGAGCUCUAUGAGCAGAGGUGCCAACUUCAGGCGGAGUUGCGCGAACUUCAGGAAUUUUCGGAGAACCCCGCGGCAGCAGUCGAGGAAAUUAUGCAGCUGAAGGCCCAGAUAGAUGAGCUCAAGUACGGGGCCUCGAACCACAACGCCCUUGUCCAGGAGAAGAGGGAUCUUGAGCGCCAUCUUGCAGACCUGCGCCUCAGUAGACAAGACACUAACUCACGCCUCCCCCAGGAGAUCGACAGACUUCGCGCUGAGAUCGAGGACGAGAAGCGCAAUCUGCCGCAUAUGGACGAUCUGCAAAGGCAGCGCGACGAGCUCCAGAGGCAGCUAGACACAAUCAGGCGCCGGGGCAACACGUCGGGUGUCAUGGCCGAGAUUGAGAACAUACAGAGGCAGAUAGACGAUGCCAACUCCUCUGCGUCGAGCGAGCAUGAGCUUCGAAUGCUCCGUGCCGAAGUUGAGACUCUCCGUGCCCAGAAGUCCAUCGUCACCCGUCUUGAGGCGGAGAAUGCGGAUCUGCGCCGAGAGCUACAGGACAUUCGUGGCCGUGCUCAGGAAAUGAGCGCUAGCCAGCGCUACAGCGCCAAUCAGGCGCAGGAGCUGCAGGAGAAGGCGAUGCAGGCAGAGGAGCUUCUGCAGCAGAAGAUUGAGCUUAGGCGCCAGCUUCAUGAGGCUCUAGAGCGAGCAGAUGCAGGUGAGGCUGCUCUUCGUGACAAGAGGCGACUUGAAGAUGAGAUAAAGGGCCUUCAGUUGCGUCUUACCGAAAACGACUUUACGAAGGAGCGCUCUAUCCUCCGGAACGAGAUCCAGGCUAAGACUACCGAGAUAGACACACUUAUCAGUGACCGUCGCGCUCUGGAGACCAAGCUCCUCAAUAAAGAGGCAGAAGUGGAUCAGCUUCUUUAUGAAAAGCAACUUCUCAAGACAGAGCUGAACUCCUAUCGCGGAACAAACGAGGAUAUAGACAAGCUUACCUUUGAGAAACGCCAGCUUGUUGAGGAGCUAAACGACCUGCGUGAGAAGACUAUCAAAUACGACCAAUUGGCUCGUGAGAAGGCGGCGCUCGAGACUGAACUCAAGGAAAACUCGUACAACUUUGACCAGUUGCUUGAACAAAAGCAACAGAUGCGUAGCGAUCUCAAUGCCCUUCGCGAAAAGGCAGCCGACUACGAGCGCGUCGAUCGCGAGCUUCGCCUCAAGGACAAGGAGCUCGAGGAGAAGAAUGCUGAGAUCGAGAGGCUUCUUGAGGACCGCCGCGUCAUGCGUACCGAGCUCCUCCACUCUAAGGAGUCUGCGACCGAUGUUGACAGUUUGAUACAAGAGAAGAGGCUGCGUGACCGAGAGCUUGCCCACCUUCGUGACCGCAUGAGCGAGUAUGAGCGUGUGGUAGAAGAGAGGAUCCAAAAGGAGAAAGAAAAUAACCUUCUUAAGCAGCGUAUCACGGAAUUGGAGCAGCAGCAGCGCACCGCGACAGUCCGCGAGACCGAGAUGAGUGCCCUCCGUGAGAAGGCUAACGAGUUAGAUGGCUACAACCGUGAGCGCCAGGCAAGAGAGCAUGAGAUCAACAUGUUGCGUGACAAGGCCUUGGAGUCCGACAAGCUUCGCCAGGAUAACAGGGUGAUGGCGAUGGAAUUGACAGAGCUUCGCGAGAAGGUGCAACUUCUCGAGAAACUCCAAUACGAGAAGAGAGCACGAGACGUAGAGAUGCUCGAGUUGCGCCACAAAGCCAUGGACGUUGACACUCUUGUUGAGGAGAAGCAACGCCUUGAAAUGCGUCUUGCAGAGCUCAAGAUCAAGGUCAAUAAUUAUGAUCAGCUGGCAGACGACAAGGCUCGUCUGCAGGAGCAACUGAAAGAAAUGUCAGACAAGCUGAUAGAGUUCGAGAUGAUCAUGGAUGACAACCGAAGGCUUAAGCUUCAGGUUAAGGAGCUCGACCUUAAGACUGCAAACAUGGAGAAGCUUUAUGAGGAGUACAAGAAGCUCGAAGACCAGCUGAAGGCAACGAAGGCGAUGACCUCUACAGGCAUGGGUGUGUCGGCUGCCUCUCCGGCAUUUUACAAGACGAAGAGUAUGCGCCUUACACAACAAAACAACCAGAUGAAAAACACAACAGACAACCUCCUAACGCGCGACAUUCCCAAGUUGAUCGACAAGCUUAUUGAGCGCCCUGCGGGGACUACAACCAUGGGCCGAAGUGGUAAGUUCUGA